AUGGAAGAGCUGAGAAGCCAAACCGUGGUGGUGAGGAGCCCCAAGAUCGGCCACAGCAGGAAGCCACUGCCACCCUUCGGCCUCCUGCACAGAGACAUUGUCCUUCCUCUAAUAAUUAACAACCAUGGUGUCCGAUUGCCUGCCAAUUUAUUAUAUAAGUACUUGAACAAAGCAGCUGAAUUUUAUAUCAAUUAUGUCACUAGGUCUACUCAAAUAGAGAGUCAGCAUCAAGGUACCCAAGAAGCAUCUGAUUUAACGUCACCUAGCAAACGGAGCUCUCAGAAGUACAUGAUAGAAGGGCUGACUGAAAAAUCGUCUCAGAUUGUGGACCCUUGGGAGAGGUUGUUUAAGAUUUUAAAUGUUGUUGGAAGAAGAAACUGUGGUGAUAUUUUGCAUAGAAUGAAGGAUCUCUGCAGAUACAUGAACAACUUGGAUAACGAAGCUCAUGCAAAAUAUAAAAACCAAGUGGUUUAUUCCACUAUGUUGGUCUUCUUUAAGAAUGCAUUCCAGUAUGUCAACAGCAUACAACCAUCUCUAUCCCAAGGUCCUAAUGCCCCAAGCCAAGUUCCACUGGUUCUUCUUGAGGAUGUAUCAAAUGUGUAUGGUGAUGUAGAAAUUGAUCGUAACAAACAAGUACAUAAAAAGAGGAAACUAGCUGAGGGAAGAGAAAAAACCAUGAGUUCAGACGAAGAAGACUGUUCAGCAAAAGGAAGGAAUCGUCACAUCGUAGUCAAUAAAGCAGAGCUUGCUAACUCCAUUGAAGUGCUCGAGAGCUUUAAGCUAGCCAGGGAGAGCUGGGAGUCGCUCUACUCCCUGGAAUUCCUUGACAAGGAAUUUACAAGAAUUUGUUUGGCCUGGAAGACAGAUACUUGGCUUUGGUUAAGAAUCUUCCUCACUGAUAUGAUCAUCUAUCAGGGUCAAUAUAAAAAAGCAAUAGCCAGCCUGCAUCAUCUAGCAGCUCUCCAGGGGUCGCUUCCUCAGCCGCAGAUCACAGGACAGGGGACCCUGGAGCAUCAGAGGGCGCUCAUCCAGCUAGCGACCUGCCACUUUUCUCUAGGGGAGUACAGAAUGACAUGUGAACAAGUCCUUGAUUUGAUGUGCUACAUGAUACUCCCCAUUCAAGAUGGAGGCAGAUCACAGGAGGAACCCUCAAAAAUAAAACCCAAAUUUAGAAAAGGUUCAGAUCUGAAGUUGCUGCCUUGUACCGGCAAGGCUAUCAUGCCGUUCUGCCUGCCUCUAAUGCUGGCUUGCUUUAAGCUCCGAGCUUUCGUGGACAGCAGGGACGACAUGGCGCUGGGCCACGUGAUUGUCUUGCUUCAGCAAGAGUGGCCACGGGGAGAGAAUCUUUUCUUGAAAGCUGUCAGUAAGAUUUGCCAACAAGGAAAUUUCCAAUAUGAGAAUUUUUUCAACUAUGUUACAAAUACCGAUACGCUGGAGGAAUUCGCCUACUUAAGGACUCAGGAAGGUGGGAAAAUUCAUCUGGAAUUACUGCCCAAUCAAGGAAGGCUGAUCAAGCACCACACGGUCACUCGGGGCAUCACCAAGGGCGUGAAGGAGGACUUCCACCUGGCCAUGGAGCGCCGGGUGUCCCGCUGUGGUGAGAACCUGAUGGUCGUGCUGCACAGGUUCUGCAUCAGCGAGAAGAUCUUGCUCCUUCAGACUCUGGCCUGA